CUGAGGUAUUUGUAGAAACGAAAUAAGCAGUAGUAGUUUAGGAGAAAAUUGUCGUUAACCAAGACAGCAAAGAAUAUUAUUAUUAGUUUGAAUAAAAAUGUUAUCAAAAGAAUCACGAUCAAUACAUCUAGUUGUCGGAAUUGGGGUCAUAAUUCAGUUGCCUUCUAGCCGUACUACAGAACCCUUUAGUGCAAUACACUUUGAGGGUUACGCUACAGUGGUAAAUGAUGUAUAUUGCUAUUUUGGUUGGAUCAUCAUCUUUAUCAAGCAAAUGUUAGAAGAACGAUUGCAUUUGGAGUUAGAAAAUUUGAAAACUGAUCUGACAGCAACUGUUCAGCAGUUGGAUGCAAAAACACAAGCCGUUUCUAUUUUAAACGCUUCACUAGAAAAAUGCAAAAAAGAAAAAAAUGAGUUCAAAAAAAUGGCCGAGCAGGUAAUGAACCGGUAUCAGAUACUCAAACGAACUGUCAUGGAAUGCGAUAAUGAUGAGUAUUCUAACGAUGACAUGAUGCAUUUAUCGACCAAACAGCUGGCAUCGUUAUUAGUCGAAAGUCGAGAAGCUAACAAAGGAUUAGAACACGAACUGAUGAGCUCUAAACGAAAAAUUGGGGAGCUUCAAGGCGAUAUUAAAGUACUGAGAAAACAGCUCAGAGACCGUUCAUUGGAGAAUCGUUCAAAAGCAGACACCAAAGUUUGCGGAGAUGAUCGUCAAAGUUAUGUAAUACAGUUAGAGGAACUUACCUUCCAGCUUUCAGAAGUCAAACGUGAAUUGAGUAGGUGCCUUGAUGAAAAACAGGAGAUUGCAACUGAGAGAGACAUCUAUCGUAACAAGUGUGACAGAUUAAACAAUGAACUAAAUUAUAUUUUAAGUGGCGAUGAACGUAAGAUUGUGGACAUUGACACUUUGAUUACUGAAAGCAAAGUAUUGAAGGAUCGAAUUGAAUCAUUGGAAAUAGAGAAGUCUUUAGCUUUGAAUACAGUCAAUAAAUACAAGAAACUUUUAGAUCGAAAAGCAUCAAAACAUUCAUCAGUUAGCAGUGAAAGUUGUAUUACACCUGCAGCAUCACCCCAACAUCAAGAAAAAACAAUAUGACCAGAUAUCACCUCAGAUGCUGAUGAUAACGAUGACGUAUUCGAACCCUGUAUAUUAACUGUCUGCAUUCCUGUUAUCCGACAAAUAUACUUGUAAUAAUUAAGAAGCUUUUCAUCAAAUAACACUGUGAUAUACUUACUACUCCUAUUACUUUUUAACAAGUGUAGUCAGUAGUCUCUGUGUAUUUUAACAUUAUUUUGCUUUAACUUUUAACAGUUUUCUUUUUUAAAAUUUUUGAAGAUGUUUUACCAUUCAAAAUUUAAACUUACUCUGUGUUUAUUUCUUUCUUUGUUUGUUUGUAUUUUCUGU